AAGUAAAAGAAGGGAGAUUCUUGGAACUUCCGGUAUCCUCUGGGUAUUUAAAAGGGGAGACGCCUUUCGAGAGGCAAAGUCAAUGCAGCAAUACCAUCUCUCCACCGAGUCUUGGAAUCCUAUGAUGUCGAUUCAAGGCCAGCUUCUUGAGGUCACAGUUGUCGGGUGUAAUAAGUUGAAGGACACCGAGUGGAUUUCGAGACAGGAUCCCUACGUCUGUCUGGAAUAUGGCAGCUCCAAGUUUCGCACCCGUACUUGCACCGACGGUGGUAAAAACCCCACAUUUCAAGAGAAGUUUGUGUUCACGCUCAUUGAAGGGCUUAGGGAGUUGAAUCUUGCGGUGUGGAACAGCAAUACCCUCACUUUCGACGACUUCAUCGGCAGUGGAAAGGUUCAGCUCCAUAAGGUUCUUUCUCAGGGCUUCGAUGAUACGGCCUGGCCUCUUCAGACUAAAACGGGAAGAUAUGCUGGAGAAGCACGCGUGAUAUUACAUUACGCAAAUGCAAUAAAACCGGGAACAAGCUGUGCACCAUCUGCACCGCCAUAUGUAGGUUCGGCUCCUCAGGUGUCUUUGUACUCUGCACCUCCUCCCCCAUCUGCUCCUUACGGUGCAACCGCCACAGCGUAUCCUGCUACCACUCCUGCAUACCCAUCGUAUGCACCCAAUCCAGCGGCAUACCCAUCGUAUCCACCCAAUCCAGCGGCAUACCCACCACCACCGUAUUUUCCCCAUCCGCCAUCAGCCUAUCCUCCUCCAGCGUACCCUCCACCUUCGGCUUAUCCUCCGCCUCCAUAUCCACCGCCUCCCGGCCCUCCAGGUGCUUAUCCAGGGCAUUAUCCUCCUCCACCUUACUGAGGGAGAGCUUCUGCUAGAAGAAAUGUUAAAGGUUCCGCAAGAAGCUACUGUUGUAUAUAGAUUUUGUAAUUACAUUGUUAGUUUUCUUCUUUUGACCUGGAAACUUUUCUUUAUGUUUUCUAUUUUGAUUGUUGCUUGUCAAGAAGUGUUUGGACAGCAAAUUACUAGACCGUCGUGUUUUGUACCAGUUACAUUUUUUUUAAUUCGAGUAAAAUCUAUAUCAACCUAAAAAUCUUACUAGUAAAAGAGGAAAAACCAAUUGUAUUGCAAAUGGAUGUCUUCCACGGUGGGUGUAUGAGCCCAGUUGAUUUGUGCGUCUUGUAUAUGAUCAUGUCCUAACUGCUACUCUUUUGAUCACAUAUAAAUAAAAAAUCUAUUAUGCAUUCAUCUGCAUUGACUACCACA